UUGCGCAGGUUCAAAAAUGGAACGUCGGCGGCGGCGUGAGGCAGCGCGAGGGGGUGUGCGCGCGUGCGCGUGCGCGCCGGGCCGAGGGUGACGGGGACCCCGCGGGCCCCAGCAUCGCGCGCCGCAGCCGCGGCCCCGCAGCUCCGCCCCCGGCCCGGCCCGGCCCCGGGCCCGCUCGCCCGCCGCCCCGCAUGGAGCUGUCAGCCAUCGGUGAGCAGGUGUUCGCGGUGGAGAGCAUCCGGAAGAAGCGCGUGCGGAAGGGCAAGGUGGAAUACCUGGUGAAGUGGAAAGGAUGGCCCCCCAAGUACAGCACGUGGGAGCCGGAGGAACACAUCCUGGACCCUCGCCUCGUCAUGGCCUACGAGGAGAAGGAGGAGAGAGACCGAGCGUCGGGGUAUAGGAAGAGAGGCCCGAAGCCCAAGCGGCUUCUGCUGCAGCGGCUGUACAGUAUGGACCUGCGGAGCUCACACAAGGCCAAGGGCAAGGAGAAGCUCUGCUUCUCCCUGACCUGCCCGCUCGGCAGCGGGAGCCCCAAGGGGGUGGUCAAGGCGGGGACACCCAAGCUGGUGGACAAGGGCCCCUUGGUGCCCGCCCUGCCCUUCCCGCUCUGCAAGCCGGGCCAGGCCCACAAGUACCUGCGGCUGUCACGAAAGAAGUUCCCGCCCCGCGGGUCCUACCUGGAAAGUCACAGCCACGGACAGGAGCUCUCCCCGCAGGACUCGCCAGCCCCAGACGCCCUGCAGGCGGCCGGCCAGUGGGAGCCUGAGGAGCAGCCCCCUGAGGAGGAGGCAGAUGCAGACCUGGCUGAUGGGCCCCCAUCCUGGACACCUGCACUCCCCUCAAGCGAAGUGACCGUGACAGACAUCACCGCCAACUCGGUCACUGUCACCUUCCGUGAGGCCCAGGCAGCUGAGGGCUUCUUCCGAGACCGUGGCAGGAAGCUGUGACCCAGGCUCCCACUCUUCCUCAACUGUUCUCUGGGGUGUGGGGUGGGGGACCCCAGAGACCAGGAGGGGCUGGGGCAGGGUGAUAUUUCAGUGGAAAAGAAGACCCCCCACACACAACCCUCCCACCACCCAACCUUUCUCGGUGAGGGAUGGAGACAGCGGGCCUGGAGAGCCCCCGGCCCAGCCCCGCCUGGCGGCUGGCAUGCUAACAUCACCCGAACCUCCCUGUCUGCUCGGGCUGUAUGGUGGAACUGGAGGCUGCUUUGAUCUCCAAGGACAGGAUCAGAUGGAGGCCUUGAGAUGGCCAGGCAGGGUCCUGAUCCUCCAGAGGCUUCUGCCCUUCUGAGAGCAGGCUGCCCGCUGAGCCCCUCCUCCCCAGCGGGCAUGGAAGCGCCCACGCGUAUGUCCAGCCGCACACCCGUGCCCGCCUCCUUCAGAAGCUGCCGAGAACACAGGGCGACUCGGCACACGCAAACUUGCCACGGAGCCCCUCUCUCCACCUUGCAUGCGCGUCCCAUGACGGGAUCUGCCAGCUCUGCUUGCUCAGAGCCCAGGGUCCGGGCGUGGAGGCCUCCUAGGCUCCAGCAUGCAGAUCUGGCCAGGCCACCAGUGCCACUACACGUGUGUGGCUUCUGAGACAGCAGGACCUGUCUUUCCACAGGGUCCUGUCCUUCCCGGCUCAGCUCUUCCAGCCCCCCUCGCUUCCUGCCCUCCCCUGUGGCUCAGCACCCCCGGGGGGUGGGGGAGGUGGCCACCAGUUCUCAGGGCAGCCCUCAUCUCCUGGACCCCUCCUCCCCCCCUUCUGUGUCCCUCAGGCAACCUGAAUGCCACCUUGUCCCCUGUGGAGGUGGAGUCACUGUGUGUGGUGGGCCAGGCUUGCGUCUGCCAGGAGCGGUGCUGCUGUGCCGGCUGGCGGGAAGGACUCCUACCCCAAUCCUGUGGGGGCAAAAACGCAGAUGGGUGAGGGCCCAGGGGAGCAGGGAGGCCGGUCCCCCCACCAUCGGCGUCCAGGUGGACUGGACACUAUGGCUGGGGGCCCAGCACUGUCCCCUGACUGCUGUGUCCCCAGGAAAGCCAGCAGAAUGUGGGGCCCAAGGCCAGGGCAACUUCUCCCCUCUUCAGUUCCCAAACCAAAGAGCGCCUGCACCCAUUGUGUUUGGGAUGCCGUUAGCAAGACCUUCAAACUCCUGGGGCUCCCCUUUUUCCUUAGUCUCUAGUUGUCCAGGGUCAAUUCAGUGCUUCCAUUGGGGGACAGCCUCAUCGCCCGCCCCCAGCCCCAGAGGUCAGAUGGAGAACAGAAGAGCGGGCAAGGGGGGGCCUCUGCCUGCUCGGGGGGCCCCUGCAGCUCAGGGCUCCUCAGAGCAGGAUCUCAAGUAGAUUGAGUGUGUCUCCCCACUUCGGGGCUUGAGGACACAGGCAGCUUCCAGUGGAAACCACACUCCCACCCCCAGCCCUUUCUGGGCCCCUCCAUCUGGGUCCUGUGCGAGCGGGUGGGCAGCUGUUUUCUGUCUGCUGCAGCAGCAGAAUGUGUUUUUCCUGUCUUUCUGGCUCACGGGAAUCCGUGGCACAGGCUGGGCCCGCUCUCCAGAGGCGGCUUUUCCAGCCCAGGACCCAGUGGCUGCUCAGACCCCAGCAAGGCCCCAGCUCAGGCCAGGUGGAUGGUGACCCCCCUCUCCAUAGCCCCUACAAGGCCAGUACUUGGAUGGGAAGGGGGCCGGCAGCCGCCCGACUGCCUGCCCACCCCUUCCCCCCCUUGAAUGUAGAGGCUGCGCUGGUACUUGGCUCUUACCGAGGGGUGGACUAGAGGAGGGGUCACUUGCAGUGCGUGGCCCAGCCCUGGGCUCCGUGGUUCUCAGGACGGUGACUCCAUUGCCAAGUUCCUCCGCCUCCGCUCCAGGGAGGCCAAGCCACUGUGCUCUGUACAGUUCUGCUUUAUAAGUGGUGGUGCGGCCGCCGGUCUCAGCACAAGACGCUUCCUUGCACAGUGAGCUCCGAGCUUAGACUACAUGAAUGUAUUUGGGGGUGGGGCCCGGGCCUGCCCUGGGGGAGGGGGUCGCGAGCGCAGAGCACGGUUUAUUUUUGUACUGAUAUUGGUAAGAGACUGUAUAGCAUCUAUUUAUUUAGAUGAUUUAUCUGGUAAACGAGGCAAAAAUUAUUACAAAUACAUUAAAGACGAUUUUAAGACGUU